AUGCGCGUCUUGUCAUUCCUCUUCGUUGCCGCGUCCGCCGCCGCCGCCGCCGCCGCCGUCCCCAUUCCCGACACGACGUGCUCGCCCGUACGCGUUCUCCUCGACUCGGCCGCCGCCGUCUUCGGACUACAGCACAGCCUCUGCGUCCCACCACAGGAGGAACACCACGCGUACCAGGACCCGGGGUAUUAUCCCGACGGUGUCGAUCUCGACGAGCUCAACUUUGGCGACUUUGAGCCCCUCCCAGACUUCCAUGAGUAUGCGCAGAUUGUUUAG